UCCCCUUAAAAAACUCACUCAUCAAUCCUAGCAUCUGACCGCAGAUCUCCUUCUUCUCCGGCCACCUCUGCCCUCUUGACCACGGAGAAGCAACAACAAGAACGCUCAGCACCAGGCCGGGUGGCGUUAGGGCAGAAGCAGCUAUCCGUCACUCCGAUCAGGCUCCUGGAAGCAUAUAAAUCACUACUUAAAUUGGUAAGGAAACUGACUGAUAUCACGCGACUCCUAGUCGCUCACCCAAAUGAAUGCAUUUAAAAAUAAACUUUAGUCGCAUCACAUGAAUCACGCUUUACUCCCUGAACCCAGCUGAUAAGAAAAGACUGAUAGUUCUGAUAAAUCGCUUUCACUUUCAGUUCCACGAGAUCCCGGUUAUUCCAGCUUCGUGUACCUAACCGUCCGCUGUCAGAAAACCAUCAGCGAUAUUUUUGUUUUUUUUUCCUCAAGCAAUUGCCACACCGUGUGCAUCAUGACUCACGAUAAGGUGCCAAAAUCACUUGAGGGGGAGGAAACCCCACACAAACACAGGAAGUGCUGCGUUUCACACACAGGGACACAGAGUCUGAGGUCUGUGCUCUGCUCCACUGAUUUUGGAAUAAGAUUAACCUGGCCUGGAGUUACGUUAUUGUUUCUCGUGACAGAGCGGCCUGAAAAAAACCACUGUGAAAAGUUGCAAUAUUUUGGUGCGUUGUGAGACCAAGGAAGUAAUAAAACAGCACAGAAAGUGCAAGCCAUUGAGGAUCUGUCAUAUUAGGAGCGGAAAUGAAAGUGGGUCUUGUUUUAGUGACGUUUAUAGUGGCUUUCCAACUUUUUUUUUGUCCUUGAAAACAAUGGCCGACAUGCAGAUUCAUGCAGGGAGAGAGAGAGAGAAAAAAAAAUCACUAAGCAGCUUCUGUGGUGAAAAAGUUGCUUGCGUAUUUCUUCGCUUGAGCAUCUGUCGUUACCAUAACAUGGUUAACUCGGCAUGUUAGAAUAAUGUCAUUGACCUGAGUGCUUCUGACCGAGGAAGGUUAUCAGUGGGGAAGAAUUCUGACCAGAUGACGGAGCGAAGGGACCACCCACCGUUAUUGGAGCAUGGGCGUUGUAGUCCACAUUUGCAUCUGCUUUAUUUAAAUCAUGUAAAUAUUCCAUGUAGUCACCCAGUUUACGCGAGCUCGUGAAACAGUUCGAGACAGGAGCAGCUAUCUUCACGUGUGUAGCUGUGUACGUGAUAUAAAAACAACAGCAUUCCCAAACUGCGUCCGUUUCUUUACUUAACUCCCUUCAUGAACACCUACUGUAAACUAGGGAAGCAAUUGAGAAAGAAUUCCCGAGUAUCUGUUACAAAUGUCGAAUGAAUUAUAUAAUAUUUGAUCACUGGUUUAUAUCACCCCCUCAUUCACUUAAUCACUGGAAUCCAGCUCAAUCGCACAACUUUCUUUUGUAAAAAAAAAAAAUAAUAAUAAUAAUAUGACAGUUUAGGCAUCAUUCUGGCGCCAUCUAGUGGACGCCAUGAAGAAAUCAUUAUUUAGUCGCACAUCACUUCUGGGCUUAUGCACAUAACCUGGUUUGCCACUAGAUGGCGUAGUGAUGUUGAAAAUAACUUCAGUUAAAAGGACUGUCUUUAAAAAACAGUUACAGUCCAUGAACGUUUCGAGAUAAGAAAUUGAGAUAUUUAUAUCAACUGAAAGCUUUAACGAGCUCUUUCUACUGGAAAAAGUACUGUCAUCCAUGCGUGUGCAAAUCUGUAUCGUAACAAAUUGAAAUCGUUGAGUUUGAGUACUUUGAAUAAUUUGUAUUAUAUCAAAGUGAGAGCAAGCUAUGUGUGUGUGUGUGUGUGUGUGUGUGUGUGUGUGUGUGUGUGUGUGUGUGUGUGUACUUCAGUUACUAAAUCAUCAUAGACUGCCUACCCAGCAGGACAACCCAACUUAAAAUAUUAAAUACGGUCUGCAAUGUCAUAUUUAAGUAUGCUAAAUAGUAUGUUUGCAGUGUACUUUAUUUCGCAUAGACGUAAUACACUUUGUGAUCAUUUCAAAACAAACGCUUUAAUUUAAAAUAUUUUGUUUCAUUAUUAUUUCGACGUCUAAAACCCACUAAAGCACAUCUAAAGUAGCCUAUCCGAUUAUCAUUUAUUUGCUAUUACAUUUAAAUUGAAUAUAUUGCUAAACUGCAGCUUCAUUGACACAUAAUGCAGUUGGAAAUACGUACACGACGCACAUUUUAAUAUUAUAAUUUCGUUGAGCGCGAAUGCUCUUUGCAAGUCGAGGGUACGCAGGUGUGUAAAAGCACCCAAGUAAAACUCAAAAGGCUGCUUAUUAAAUGUUUAAAAAGUCUUAAGAAGCGUGCAAGUCUAUUUCCAGCCGUUUAAAAUGCUAUUUGAACGCACAGUAACGAUAUCUAAAAGGGCAUCAAGAUAUCGCGCUACCUCGGACUGUUCGUACCGAAAAUGUUUACUUUUAUGUAAUUUUUAAUGUCCUGUCCAAGUAGCCCAGAAGGGCGGAACAAAAAUGAAGGCGAGGGGAAAACACGCAGGCUGUGUUUCAAAACGUACCGAGUCGCCUUAAGUAGACAGCGUUUUUAGCAUCGACUCAAUGAACUAAACCGCUCUCCGACGUGAUGUCUAGAAUCUGGAGCUCAAUUCCAAAACCGCUACGGAUGCUGCCUAGUUAGGCGGCUCGCUGUGUUUUGGAACGCCGCCUUGUUCUCAUGAAUCCCCAUUGGUCAGACUAAAGCUCCUGCUGCCACAAUACUGCACACACGUGACCCUGCUUUUCUGUACACACACGCACACACACACAGUAAAACACAGCAGGCACUUAAAAGCCAACGCCAUGGCGCUUUGACCACCAAUUUCACCCCAUAUCCAAACAAGCACCAUGAACCCUCUCCGUUGACAAACACGCACUAUCCCGCGGCUAAUGGCGAGCGCGCUGCAGAUGAAGCACUCCGGUCUGGAGCACACACGGAAGCGCGUAAUAGAUCCACGACGGAGACAAGCUGCGCUCUCAUUCCUCAGCAACAUCUCGCUGGACGGACGACCCGUGCAGGAUGACGGGGAGAAUCAGACCGAGGACGAGGACAGCUCCAGGACUAGACAGAGCCUGGUUUCUGCAGUGGGCCAGCAGGCAUUGGCCGCGGCAGCGAACCAGGCUCUCAGCAGCGCCCGAGCUGCUGGUUUCAUGGCUGGGAUCACGGGUCCCAGCGCGGCCGCCUCUGCCUCUGCUGCUGCUGCUGCUGCUCCUCCUCCUCCAGCGUGCGGAGCGGAUGCGGAGGGGGAUGUGUGCGGCUCUCAGGUGCUCCAGUCCGUGUUCAGCUCCCCCUUUUCAGCAGUUCCGCCGGCUACGAGAGGGAGACUUCAGACGUACACUCAGGGAAUCCUGCCCGUGUCCUACUCCAGGCAGUCCAGCCAGAACUACUGCUGUCUGGAGGGAGGGCAGAUAGCCAACUCAGCCCUGGAACUGCAGAGAUCCAGGCGGCGACUAAUAUCCCAGCGUUCCUCACUGGAGACUCUGGAGGAUAUUGAGGAGAAUGCCCCUCUACGAAGAUGCCGGACUUUAUCUGGUUCACCCCGACCAAAGAGUUUUAAGAAGGUCCAUUUCAUCAAAAACAUAAGACAGCAUGACAUGCGCAAUGGAAGGAUAGUCCUUAUCAGUGGCAGAAGAUCCUUCUAUAGUGUUUUUUCUGUCCUGCCCUAUCGAGAUUGUAGCCAAACAGGGGAUGUGAAGGCAGAAAGCGGACGCCAGCGACACCCCUCGGGUGGCAUGAGUGCCAAGGAGAUGGUGAUCGGCCUGGAGGGCGUCGAGUUGGGUGCAGACGGCAAGACCGUGUCAUACACGCAGUUCCUGUAUCCAACCAAUGUCCUGGGUCGUCGAAACACCAUCGACUCCACGUCGUCUUUCUCUCAGUCCCGCAAUGCCAGCCACCGCAGCCUCAGUCUGGCACGUGCCAACAGUAACCAGAGCAGCCUUGAUACCGGCAAUGAACUGGGAGAUUUCAGGGAGUACGACCCCAAUCUUCUGGAUGACCCUCAAUGGCCAUGUGGAAAGCACAAAAGAGUGCUUAUCUUUCCUUCGUACAUGACCACAGUGAUCGAGUACGUCAAACCCUCUGAUCUAAAGAAGGACAUGAAUGAAACUUUCAAGGAGAAGUUUCCUCACAUUCGUCUAACACUGAGCAAGAUCAGAAGCCUGAAGAGAGAGAUCCGUAAACUAGCUCAGGAGGAGAGCGGCUAUGAGGAGUCAACGGUGGCCAUGGCCUUCGUUUACUUUGAGAAGCUGGUGCUUCAGGGUAAACUCAACAAACAGAACCGCAAACUCUGCGCGGGGGCCUGCGUCCUCCUCGCAGCCAAGAUCGGAGGAGACUUAAAGAAACACGAAGUCAAGCUUCUGAUUGAUAAACUGGAGGAGAGGUUUAGGGUGAACCGUCGAGAGCUGAUAGCCUUCGAGUUCCCCGUCCUCGUGGCUCUGGAGUUCAACCUGCAUCUUCCAGAGCACGAAGUCAUGCCCCAUUAUAGACGCCUUCUGCAAAACUCCUAGCGACAGCCCCAUCAGGGGAGAGUCCUCCUUCUCUCCUGAUCUUCUCAUCCCAGAAACCCCCUAUGCACCUCGCCAACGUCCACUAUCAUCUCCAGAUGUUGGAAUAAAGACACUAUUCCACUGUUCUCUUUUCAGCCAAAGCGACAACUCUAUAUUGAACGUUUGUUUCCACUCCAAGAAGCUACUUUCUAAAGGGAGUACCUUUUCCUGGACUGUUGAUUUCUCAGUGUACUGAGGACGUUUUAAAGUGUUCGUUUGCUUCCUACUUACAGGGUCGUAAGGAAUAGCAAAAAUUCUGUCAUCGUUUGCUCAACCUCACUAUUACUAUUUUUUUCCAUUGAAACACAAAAGGAGAACUUUUGAAGAAUCUUUACGUUGCUCUUUACAUUGUCACUUUUUACUGCUCCGAAAACACACCAUAAAAUUCUUCUGAAGCCAUACGAUAGCUUUUUUGUUACUAUAAUUGCCAAGCGGCGGUUCACCCCCAAAAAUGUAAUAAUUCCAAACGUGUAUAACGUUAUAAGUUUUUGUCUAUAAUGAAAGCUGCCCAAGAAAUACGAACGAACGUCAAAAUUGUGUCAGGCAGGUUUAGAACGAGUAUAUGGUGACAGAAUUUUCAUUUGCGUAAAACAUCCCUUUGAUCGUUGUUUACCGAAAACCUCCCCCUUUCACCAAAAUACAGACAUUUUCUUUGCUUUCUUUGAAAAAGCAACGGCGUAUCGGUUAGAACACGAGUCAAAACGAGUCGAGGGUGAACAAAUCAUGACAGAACUUUUAUUGUUUUUUCUUCGACAAAAGUUAUGGCCAAGUAUGGACCGUCUGACUUCGCGUCCUUUUUACAGUAUUCCCGUAUUUUUCCGCUCUUCUUCAUAUUUCCUUAAUCCCAAAGUUUGACACUUCUGCCAAAUCGGACUAAUUUCGCUGCACUCGAUCAGUCUCGGUUGAAAGCCUUAAAAGGAAAAAAAAUAGUCGACUGAUCCUGAACUCUGACAAGUAUGUGACUGUUCCUUAUGUACGACAAGUGCACUUUUCGGGUCUCGUGAAUGGCAGACCUUUACGGCGUCUGCAGAAGCUGCAGGCGGAGGGGUUUUCAUCUCAUUUCUCAUUUAAAUUCAUUUCAGCCAGCAGUCCCUCUGUUAGCGUAACCACCGAGCGAAAAUAUUUAGCGGACACAGCUGUGGUGGGACUUUUAUACAGUUCUUAAGGGGUACAUUUACGUAUCCUUGUCAUUUUUUUUUUUACCCUUGUGUGAUGACUUUGACAGUUUAGUGGUGUGGCUUGCUGCACUCAUGGAUAUUGUGGUCGUGCUCUAUGUUAGAGUGGAUUCUGAGCACAUUCGUAGUGCUACACUGUAUGAAGCAACAUCGGGUCAUACCGCUGAUAAUCAAUGCUAUUUUGCCUAAGUAGGCUCAACAGCGGCGGGAAUAAAAUCUGUAUGACUAAUACGCUACGGUGUUGACUAAUGCAUGUACACCAAAGCAGUGUUAAACUUUGCGUUUGACUUGUAAACGCUUCUUUUUGAGAAUACGUUUUGAUUUGAUGAUUGUUUUAAAUCCGUUUCCUCUGAACCAGAUAUUUUCUAUCACCAUCGGUGGUACAGAAUUGUGUGCAAGCUGAAUUUUAUCUCACAGCACACAGACCGUGUUACUUCAUUCAUAAUCCCGUUGAAGUGUGUAACGUUCACUAUGCACUACUCGAUUUCACACAUCGGUUAUAAGCAACUGUUAGAGAUCGUCGCGAAACUAAAUCAGUUGUAGAAGAGCAAUGGCGAACUUGCAUUUAACCGUUUAACUCUGAAAUAAAUAAUGCCUAGAAUGUGAAGACUUACGAAAGAAGAUUUGGCCUUGUGAAAUGCACUUUAGGAUUUGUUAGCAAGUGACUGGGACGCCCCAAAAAAAAAAAAAAAAACAGAUGAAACAUUUGUACAAUGCAGAUACAGUUGUGUAAAUAUGCUGCUUUGCUUGUUCAAUAAAAAGCUACAUUUUGAAAA